AUGAGGCCUGAGGGGGGUGGGACGAUGCUGAUAAAGGCCUGGAGGCAGCUCCCACCCUUCCUCAGCACUGCUGCCCACAUGCAGCCCCGGACACAGCCCGUAGCCCAGGCCCUGCCCUUCUCCCUUGGAGGGGUCCUGCGAGAUGCUGGGCUCCGAGUGCCUGUCAUGAAGACAGGCACAGGGUGGGAGGGCCUGCAGCGGACCCUGAAGGAGGUCGCCUACAUCCUCCUCUGCUGCUGGUGUAUCAAGGAGCUGCUGGAUUAAGGCAUGAGAGAGCUGCCUCCUCUCCCCAGCUGGCAUCACUCAAGCCCCCAGCCCAACUCCCGUCAAGACUCCUGGGGCCAGCCGUGCUUGAACCAAGGAUGGGCCACAAACCACGAGUGAAGUGUGGAUCCAUCUGUCAGACCUGCCUCAUCUCUGGGCCUCCUCCGUUCCCGUGGGCAGGAGCUUGGCCUGCUGACAAGGCCCCCAGUAAGAGCUCCUCCCAGCCUGGCACAGCGAGCCCGCCAGCCCAGAUGCUUCAUCUUAGCGCACCCGCUUAGGACCAGGAAUGGGCUGCUCCCUAAGCUCCAGGUCUCUGUUUGAGAAUCACUCAUCUGUAGAUAUAAUAAAUAGGCUUUGAGGUCAAAAGUUUCAAAUGUCUGAAAGGCGAUCAGAAAAAAUCAGCACUAGAAGGGUCUUGCAGCCAGGGUGCAGA